ACACGUUGUGUGCUUCUCUGGCAGGCUCUAUUUGGAGGGGGCGAGGAAGUUAAGGGAAAAAAAUCGCACCUUUACUCAUCUCCUUCGAGCCAAAUCUUAGGGUUUCUUGGAUCCCUGGCCUGAUUGGAUCUGGACACCAAGCUCCAGAUCCAAAAUACCCACUGUUCUUCUGUUCUAGCAAAUUGCUUGAAAAAGAUGGAUGACCUUUGGCAUCUGGGAGAUGAGUUCCGCGGCCAGUCAAAGGCUUCAGAGGACCAUCAGUGGUCAGUCAUUACCUCAAAACUGGCUGAGCUCACUAGAACAAAGGGCGAGCGGAUGAACAACCUUGAUAUUUCAAAGAGUCCUCAAGAUGUCAAGCCAUGGGAAAAAUAUGCAUUGGAAGAUACUAAAUUUGAUAGCUUAAAUCUUAAUCUUAUGAACCUUGAUUUCAAAAUAAAUGAGGUUGCAGUGAAGAGUCCUUUCCGUAAUGGUGCUCUUAACAUGAACACAAUGUACCAGAAGAGCAACAUGAGCAACAUUAAUAGCAUCAAUGGUUUUAAGCUGAACUCAGUGACCAACAAGUAUGCCCAGAGCAACAGCAGCAAGGAUGUCAACAACAAUAUCAACCACAACAACAAUGCCGGGAACAAAAAUGUCGACAAUAGCAACAACAAUAACAAUAACAACAACCUUGUGGUGGACAAGCGUUUCAAGACGCUACCUUCUGCUGAGAUGCUCCCACGCAAUGAGGUUCUUGGAGGUUAUAUUUUUGUUUGUAAUAAUGAUACCAUGCAGGAAGAUCUCAAGCGACAACUGUUUGGGUUGCCUCCGAGAUACCGUGAUUCUGUCAGGGCAAUUACUCCUGGACUGCCUCUUUUCCUCUAUAACUAUACAACCCAUCAACUUCACGGAAUAUUUGAGGCUGCAAGUUUUGGUGGUACCAACAUUGAUCCAACAGCCUGGGAAGAUAAGAAGUGCAAAGGAGAGUCCAGGUUUCCUGCACAAGUGAGGAUCCGUGUGAGGAAGAUCUGCAAAGCCCUCGAAGAGGAUUCUUUCAGGCCAGUUCUGUUCCACUAUGAUGGACCAAAGUUCCGUCUUGAACUAUCCAUUAAAGAGACCUUGGAUCUACUAGACCUCUGUGAGAAGGCGGGCAUGUGAGGCCAAUUCCAUCACAACCUUCUCAAUCAUUCCAAGAUCCUGAAGUUCACAAACUGAAGUAGCACUGCUUGUUUGUUGUUAUUUGACAAUGUUUGUUCUCAUGAUGUCGGUCUUUUGUGAAGCGUAAGCUUGGGAGUUUUCAUUCAAUGCAUUUUCAAUGAGGAUCUGGUGUUUGGGAAGCCUCAGAAGUUGUGAGCCCCAUUCCAGUUCUAAACCUCAAAUACUUUGGAAAUGCAUGCUAUGUAUAUUUUGUGCUAGUCUAUGAUCUCAGAAUUUGCAAAACAGACAAGAAAGAAACAGAUGUAAUUUGUCCAUCAUAAAGCCUAUGUGGUGACAAACUUUCAAAUUGUUAGCAGCUUGUGUUUUGUGUGUCA